CUUCCUAUCUGUGUGCAGCGUACAGGACGGGACGGGGUCCUAGAGCCGCUGAGUGGGACAGUGUUGCUGGAGCGCUCGCCACGCUUCGGAUCUGCAUCUCAUUAGCAGUCAUAUCUUAAUACCAGGAUAGUAAUAAUAAGAGGAGACUUCUACUUCAGUGUCCGGCUGACAACAUGGUGAAUGUUCUCAAGGGAGUCCUUGUGGAAUGUGACCCAGCUAUGAAACAAUUUCUCCUGUACUUGGAUGAAACUAACGCCUUAGGAACUAAAUUCAUUAUCCAGGAUUUGGAUGAAACCCAUGUGUUUGUCUUAGCUGAACUGGUUGCUGUUCUCCAGGAAAAGGUUGGAGAGUUGAUGGACCAAAACUCUUUUCCCAUCACACAGAAGUAAAAUCGAUGGAUUGUAAAAUAUAAUGACAUUAGGAACUUAUUCACUUGGUUCACAUAUGGAGUCUACUGGAUGUACAGGUUUAAUAAACCGAAGAUUUUAAUAAUUUGUGCUUGCCAACAAUUAGAAACAACACUGUAAUGCAGUAUUUUGUUUUGUUCACAUUCAUGGGGCUCUGAAACCUUUUUUCUAUUUCAAUGGUCACUUUGUUAAUGGUGCGCAAAGUUGUCAAUAAAUGUUUUGAACAAGA